GCCAUCGGGGAGUGUGCAAAGUGCGGCCUCCAAAUUGCUCCUCGACACGGGAGCGUGGGCUGGAGACCACUACGAUGUAUCUCGAGGUGGUGGAGGGGGGCGUGCGAAUCGACCCGAGCAGCCGGCUCACGGCCCGGGACCACGUGGGCGUGCAGGACCUCAUCCUGCUCGAGGAGUUUUCCAGCGAGGAGGCCUUCCUCCACAACAUCAGCCUGCGCUUUGCUAGCGAUCUCGUCUACACAUACAUCGGUUCAGUGCUGAUUUCUAUAAAUCCUUACAAGGACCUUGGACUGUAUGGACCGGAAUAUAUAAACCGAUACCAAGGGGUUCAUUUUUAUGAACUUGCACCUCACAUAUAUGCACUGUCGGACCACGUGUACAGGGCCAUGCGCUCUGAGUACCGGGACCAGUGCAUUCUGAUCACAGGAGAGAGUGGAGCUGGCAAGACCGAGGCAUCGAAGAAGGUUCUGCAUUUUCUGUCCAACGUCUGUGAGGCCAGCCCCAGUGUGGACAGCCUGCGCAACCGCCUCGUACACUCCAAUCCCAUCCUGGAGGCCUUUGGAAAUGCACUGACAUUGUGCAAUGACAAUUCCAGUCGUUUUGGAAAGUACAUGCACAUCCAGUUUGACUUUACGGGCACGCCCGUAGGAGGACACAUCUUGAACUUCCUACUGGAGAAGUCACGGGUGGUGCUUCAGCACGGCGGGGAGAGAAACUUCCACAUCUUCUACCAGUUGCUCGCUGGCGGACGAGAGAGCUUGCUCGACCGUCUGGGACUAGCGCGGGAUCCAGCUCGUUACCGAUAUUUGGUGAGCGGCGAGGAGACCAAGGUAUCUCCGUUGAACGAUGUCGAAAAUUGGAGGGUUCUCCAGGAGGCCUUCCAUACCGUUGGCUUUGAUGAACCACAGAUCGAGACGCUAUUUGAUGUCAUCGCCAGCGUGAUUCACCUCGGCAACACGACGUACACCACGAGCACGACAGGUUACGCGCUGAUUACUGACAGCACUGAAAUCCACGUCAUCAGCAAGCUGUUGGACAUUUCAGAGGAAACUCUCAAAAGUGCACUCACCAAAAAGACGAUAUCAGCGAGCGGAGAAGAAGUGGUGAGUCCACUGGAGCCGGUACAAGCUGCCCAUGCCCGGGAUGCUCUGGCAAAGGCCAUAUAUGAGCGAGCUUUCUCCUGGCUGGUGGGCCAGCUCAACAAUUCACUGGCAAGCAAGGAAGGAGGGAGACAUGCGGUCAUUGGUUUUCUAGACAUUUAUGGAUUCGAAGUUUUUCAAAAUAACAGUUUUGAGCAGUUGUGUAUUAACUACUGCAACGAGAAGCUUCAGCAACUUUUCAUAACUCACACGCUGGGUACGGAGCAAGUUGAGUAUGAGGCAGAGGGCAUUGAGUGGGAGAGCAUUUUAUAUUUCGACAACAAAAUCAUUUGUGACCUGGUGGAGCAGAAACACGAAGGCAUCUUGGUCAUUCUGGAUGAAGAAUGUCUGCGCCCAGGAGAAGCUACUGACCUCAGCUUCUUGGAGAAACUAGAGGGGAGAAUUGGAGGCCAUCCCCACUUCUUAACCCACAAACUUGGCGACCAUAAGAACAGAAGAGAAAUCAAACGAGAUGAAUUCCAACUGCGGCACUAUGCUGGAGAGGUUAACUACAACGUGAAAGGAUUCCUGGACAAAAAUCAGGACCUACUCUUGAGAAACCUAAAGGAGGUCAUGUGUGGAGCUGGAAAUGUGAUAAUCAAGGAGUGCUUCUGCCCCCAAGAACUGAACGAGAAGAAAUGGCCAGGAACUAUUGGUGCCCAGUUUAAGAGCAGUCUGGGGAAACUCAUGGAGAUCCUGAUGUCCAAAGACCCUUCCUACGUUCGCUGUAUCAAACCCAACAAUGAAAAACAAGCUGAUGCGUUUGACGACACGGUGGUGCGGCACCAGAUCAAAUACCUGGGUCUCGUGGAGAGCGUGCGUGUCCGGAGGGCAGGCUUCGCAUACCGCCGCAAGUACCACUUCUUUUUACAGAGAUACAAGUCGCUCUGUCCGGAGACGUGGCCGCACUGGAGAGGCUUGCCGGCAGAGGGCGUGGCCAAGCUCGUGAAGUACAUUGGAUACAAACCAGAAGACUACAAAAUGGGAAGGACUAAAAUCUUCAUCCGUCACGCCAAGAUUGUUUUUGCUACAGAGGAGGCAUUUGAAAAAAAGAAACAGAUUUUAGCGGCCAAGAUUCAGGCACGCUACAAGGGUCACUGCCAACGAGUGGAGUUCAAGAAAACAAGAGGCGCAGCUGUCAAGCUGGCGGCUCGCUGGAAAGGACACAUGGUGAGAAAGAUGAUUGCGAAGCGCAAAUGGGCUGCAGAGGUGAUUAGGAACUUUGUUCAGGGUUUUAGAAAUCGCCACAAGCCUCGAUCGGAACAAAACGAGGAAUACUUUGUGGGUGUGCGCGUCAUGUACCUCAUGUAUCUCAAAAAGAACCUGCCCAAGUCCGUUCUGGACAAGUCCUGGCCUGAACACCCCACGGCCCUCAAAGAGACCUCGGAUCUGCUCAAGAAGCUGUGCAUGAGAAACAUGGUGUUCCGAUACUGCAGGCGGCUCCCCAGUGAGCAUCGCUGCCAGUUGGAGCAGAAGCUGGUGGCAAGCCAGAUCUUCAAGGGCCACAAGGAUGGAUUUCCCCAAAGCAUUCCCACACCAUUUGUGGACACACGACUCAGUAACUCAACCAUCAAUAAAGUUGUCCUGCAAGCAGUGGGCCAAGAGAGGAUAAAGUACGCCUGUCCUGUGAUGAAAUACGACCGGCGAGGGUUCAAGCCAAGGACUCGCCAAAUGUUGCUUACACAGGGCUGUGUGUACAUCGUGGAAGAAUCCAAGAUCAAACAGACAAUACCUUACACCAACUUGAAGGAUGUGUCAUGCAGUUCACUGAGCGAUGGCUUCUUCAUCUUGCACAUGUCAUCGGAGGACAAAAGACACAAGGGUGACAUGAUUCUGCAAAGCAAUUACGUGUUUGAGACUUUGACCAAACUCGCACUUCUCGCCAAUAAAGCCACAUGCGUAAACAUUUGCUCAGGAAGCAUCACCUUCAUUGGGCCUCAAGGCAAGGAAGGCAGUGUUGAUUUUUCUACAGGGCCUCAACACCUUGUGUUUAAAGACAAACGUGGACAUCUUUCUGUGGUGGUUCCCAAGCUCAGCUGAACAAUCUUCCUGAUAACAAAAAACCCUCAUGUUGUACAUUCAGCGCUGUACACGAAAAGCAGUCGGACUGGAUUUUUACAUUUUACAUUAUUUUCCCAUGAGAUGCAACGCUUUGCCUCUUUGUAUUUGCAAACCUCCAAUGUGUGCGCCUAAUUAAUUUUUCGCACACACUCAACCGUUGCUUUUGGAGCAUUAUGGGGAAAGAAAAUAUAAGCAAAACUCUGUUCCGUGUCUUCAUGUGUAAAUAUGAAAAUGUUUUCAUCCAUCAGUUUUCCAGACCGAUGCUGUCAAGCAGCAUGUGCUUACACAUGCAAAACCUCGAGCAGUUUCGAACUUCUGGGUCUCAUCAGCAGAGCUAUGAUUGUUAAACAUUGUUUUGGAUUACCAGAUGUUAUUGGUGAGAUCACUACAUGUAAUUGUAUGUUAGAUUGUCACAGUAUGUAGAGUGAGCGGUACGUUUUCUGUUUUGAGUUGUAUUCAAAUGUGUAAAUUUCUUUUCUGCUCUUCUAUAGGCCAAACAAGCCACACGUGCAUGUGAUAGACCACUCACUUAUGCUUUCCAGUAAUUAAAUAUGAACUGAAAAUGGUUGAUUGGUAUUUUAAAUUGUAACGUUAUAUAUUUUUACACGUAAUACUUUGUACAUAUUGUCCUGUAUAUUUUUUCUCAUUAGAACUGUAUAUGUGUAAGCACACUUUGUAUAUGCGAGUCAUUCGAAAAAAUAUCGUACUACAUACUUCCGUUGUGGUCAUUUGUGAAUGUAAAAAAACUGCGAUAAUAUUCAGUAUAUUAACUGUUCGCUAAAUUGUUUGAUAAUUGUAGAUUUUGCAAAUGUUGAAGUCAUGUAUGAAAUAUAAUUGUAAUUUGGCAACGGUGUUUGUUUAGAAAACGUAUAAAUAUAAUUAUUGGGAACACUUCAGAUUUAACCCAGCAAAUAUUUGUUUAGACCUUGUCAUUAUUUAACAUUUAGUCACAUUGGUCUAUGUAUUAUUGUUUAUUAUUGUGUGUUAGUGUGAAUUAUUGUGCGCAAAGACAACCAAAGUGACUUCCACUUAGGGGUGAAUAAAAAAAAACAGACAAGCAGUAGCUCCUUGGAAUGUAUUUUUAUUAUUAUUAAAUCUUACACAGUUUUAAUUGCACACAC